AUGAAAGUAGUAUUCUUUGCCGCCCGAGCCUUCGCUUCGGCAGGCGAAAAUUCGGUCAACAUCUUCAUCACCGACGUCUUUGGGCCCAGCAUCAGAAGCCUUACCUACGGCAUGUUGUGCGCCGUCUACCGGAUCGGCGUAAUCGCCGCCCCCUACCUCGGUCAAGUCUACCUACAUAGAGUAUCAGACCUGGGUGCCGUGCUCAUCUUCUCUGGCAUCGCAUUCCUCGGCACUUUGAUCAGUCUGUUGCUACCGCUCGAACAGAUGUCAAUGAGCACACGAGAAAUGUCCACUUCGAGGCCAGGCCACAGAAAGCAGAUUUUCAGAAACAUAUUCAAGCCUCGUUCUCCGGUCAGCGCUGAAGUGGCGGCAGCUGUGGCAGCUGGAGAAUCGGUAUGUUCCCCUUAA